GAGGACGAGGAGGACGAGGAGGACGAGGACGAGGACGAGGACGAGGACGAGGAGGACGAGGACGAGGACGAGGACGAGGAGGACGAGGACGAGGACGAGGACGAGGAGGACGAGGACGAGGACGAGGAGGACGAGGACGAGGACGAGGAGGAGGAGGACGAGGUCGAGGACGAGGAGGACGAGGUCGAGGUCGAGGACGAGGUCGAGGUCGAGGACGAGGACGAGGACGAGGACGAGGACGGGGACGGGGACGGGGACGAGGACGAGGACGAGGACGAGGACGAGGACAAGGACGAGGAGGAAGUCGGGAGAGGGGCAGGCAAGGGGGUGGAGUCAGAGGAAGAGAGUGCUUGUGGUGGAAGCAGGAAGCAGGACGCAGGACGCAGGACGCAGGACACAGGACGCAGGAUGAUUGAAAACAAAACUCAGAUCUGCUACAAAGCAAACGAGUAA